GGAGGAGGAGGAGGAGGAGGAAGGACAACAUCCUCUUCCUCGUCGUCGUCGUCCAAUCCGUCGUUCGUCCCUCCUCGGUCCUCACUGAGGAAACCACCUUGGAAGUGCAACACGGAUCCGGACGAGGAACGACGACGUCGGCACCAUGAGGAUCAAAAUGCCCGCGGUCAGGAUCGCGCAAGCGGAAACUUCGCAAAGUAGUACGUCCCCAGACACCGUCCAAUGCGGAGGUUGUAGGGCGUCCUAUCCCCUUGGUGAGAUCGUUCGAUUUAUCGAGCACAAGGUCAAUCAUUGUCGAAAUACUCUCCAAGGCUGUCACAGUCCUCCGGCAACGGCAGCACCAGAGGACUCUGAUCCCGAGGACGCCCUUGCCCUUAAAAGUACCGAUCAGGAUUCGAAACUAAAUUCGGUCCCAAGUAUCUCCGCGCCCAUCAACAAAAGGGGUGGUAGACUUGAAAGUCCACCAACGCCUCAGGGUUCAGCACCGGAUACCGGAAGUCCGAUCGAGCUUCGAGCUAGUGCGAGUUCGACGCCGAAAAGACGAACGGAGGACAUCGACGAUGACAAGGAGGAACUUCCUAAGAAGCAAAAAACCGAGUCCGUCGAUGCCGAUACCAAUACCGUCAAUUCCGAACCAAGAUGGCUGCAAUGUUCGCAAUGCUCGAGACGAGUAUCGUCCGCGUGGGAGUUACUCCAACACGCGCAAAGCGUCCACGGUGCACGUUUGUAUAGUUCGUCCUCGCCGUCGACGAAUUCGUCGUCGAAUACACCAGCACCGAGUCCACCCACGCCCACACCAACGCAUGCGCAUCACCUGAGUCCGCCGAAUCACUUAAAUUUAAGCGGCAAAUCGAGCGGAAGUUCAUCCGCGGCAAACAGUUCAGCUGGAACGAACACGAGUGGUAGCAGCGGAAGCCGUCAACAGCUUCAAACGUCGGCCUCGUUGGUUGGUGAUCCGCUGCAUAGUUUUCUGAGGCUACCGCAACAUUUGGAAAGAAGUUUUCCACCGAUGUUUAGGCCAGAUUUCCUUGCGUUAAAUCCUUUGGCUGGGUACAGAGGUCUCCAAGAGUUACAAACGGCGACGAGGAACCUACAAAACCUCGGUGAUCCGUUACGUGGUAUGGACGGUUUAAAUUUAGGUGACCCUCUCGUCCGUAGCUCGUUGGAUUCAUUAAACAACGCAAGAAAUCUAGCGAAUUUAGCCGAACUAUCUCAUGGCCGUGCAUUGAGUGCACAGGCACACCCACCACCGUUAGAAGCCAACCUGGAUUUUUACUCGGCGCGCCUAAGGAGCCUCGCUAAUCCGUCCUUAGGCGCGGCUCCACCCAAUAGCGGCAAUCCCAACCCUAGCAACUCGAAUCCAGCACCGCCUACUGUACAAAACGUUUUACCGGUACCUGGAAAUCUUCAAGCUCAGCAACAACAGCAGCAACAACAACAACAGCAGCAACAGCAACAACAGCAAUCUCAACAAUCUCAACAAUCUCAACAAAGACCACCGUCUCGUCCUCAACCCGUAGAACCACCGAGUCCGGCUACUAACAAUCCAACCAAUCUUACGCAUAGCAAUCAUCAGAAAGAAAAUUCGCCACCUUGUUACAGUCAAAGUCCUAUCGGACAUCACAAUAAUAACAAUUCAACGGAUAGCGAGAAAACUAGUCCGCCGGUAGCUUCUACUCCUAUCAUUGCCGAUUCUGGUUCGGAAACAAUUUACGCUUGCGAGGUCUGCGACAAGAAAUUUCGAUUCCAAUCGAAUUUGAUCGUUCACCGGCGCAGUCAUCGAGAGAAGGAGAGACAGUAUCAGCAGGAUGGUGGUACGCAGGAUGGACAAACGGGUCAACAGACUACAAGGUGCGAAGUUUGCGAAUUAGAAUUGUCUAACUUCGCUGAAUUGAGGAAACACAUGAGGAAGGAGCAUCAGGAGACGUUGAACGUCGCCGCCAGUCCUCAAGGAAGCGUCGAGACCGUGCCGGACGAUGGUUCGAGUUGCGACGAGAAUAUGGAUUUGGACGAGGUCGAGGAAAACGAUCAGAAGGCCGAAAGAGAGGACACCGAGGAGAAUACGCCGGAGGAUUUGAGUACUACGCAGGGUCAGAGCGGCGAAGAGAGCGGUGGUAGGAUCGAUCAGAAAUCCGACAGUUUAGUCGGCGAUCUCAUGGAAAAGUUUGGUUUGAGUAACAUAGCCCAAUACUCAGAAGCAUACAGGCAAGCUCUUCAAGAGAAUCAUCGUGGUAGUUUUAUAAAAACCGAAUCAUCGUCGAGUCUAGCCAAUUCCUUGAACAAUAACAAGGAAAAGGAUAGUGCCCUGUCACCUACGAACUUUAAUUCUUCGACAACGCCUAACAUAUUUUCUGGACAAGGCUUUCCAAGAUCGUCCGGGCCGGAUUUCGGUGGUCUUUGGUUACCAAGUCCUCAUUAUUUAGAAAACAACGAAUUUCGAAAAGCCUCGAAGGCAACAACGUCCAGUCUUGCACUGCAAGGUCUGCCGAGUCCUCUUUUGAAGAAAGAACGGAGUGGUAGAAACGAUACCUGCGAAUAUUGUGGUAAAGUAUUUAAAAAUUGUUCGAAUCUGACGGUUCACAGACGUUCGCACACCGGUGAGAAACCGUACAAGUGCGAGCUUUGUUCCUACGCCUGUGCACAAAGUUCUAAACUUACAAGGCACAUGAAGACGCACGGUAGACACGGUAAAGAUACUUACAAGUGUCGUUUCUGUGAGAUGCCAUUUUCGGUACCUAGCACACUUGAGAAACACAUGAGGAAGUGUGUGGUGGUAGUGCAACAGGGUCCUAAACUCGGUAUGCCGUAUCCCGGUAGUCAGGAUGAGGAUUCGUCUUUGAGCACCAAGGACACUUGAUCCUGGAAUGGUAGUUUACCGCCCAUUCCGCCAUUGUGGCCGCAUAGGCCACCUUACCCGGUCUACUGAAAGGGGGUGAUUCUUCGUUAAGGUCGAUCCGCAUGACCUUGAAAGUUUACCGGAACAUACAGAAAGAGAAAGAGAGGAAGAGAGAGAGAGAGAGAGAGAGAGAGAAGAGAGAGACAGAGAUUCUGCUUGAUAAGGUCCUGUCAAAUGAGUCCUCUUAAAUCCUGUUACGUUCGUAUGAUUAAAUCAUCAACGAACAUAUAUCAAGAUAUCACUGUUGGAGAUCGCCUCUUGGGAUUAGGAGAGUGCGAUCAAUUCGACAAAAGGAUCUACAACGGGAUCUACAAGUUCGGCUCUAGGAGCCUGGAAAUGGCCCGCAGGACUACGAGGAACCCGAAUGGAAAAGAACGGAGAUUCUAUUCGUGAAGAAAGAGAACAAAAAGAAAGAAGAAGAAAUAUCGAUUAAUAUUUCGAAGGAGGGAGUGGAAAGGAUACUCACGUACAUUAUAAAUAGACUCGAUAAGUUCGACGAAUGAUCUUUUCGAUCGCAAAUUAGUCGAUAAGAGAAUCGAGUUAGGUUGGUCCAGGAGAAGAUAACGGGGUAAGGAGAGUUCAAUCUCUUGUUUCUUCGUUUGAUCUGUUAAAAAGAGAAGAGAAAACAAAAAAAAAUAUAUAAAACGAACGAAUGGUUACCACUUUUGCGAGUCUCACAGCACAGCUAUUUAAAUUAUAUCGCUAUAAAUACUUAUAAAUAACGACGCUAUAAAUAUGCAUAUAUACAUACAAAUGAAUGAAUAAAUAAAUAAAUAAAUAAAUGAAUAAAUGAAUGAAUAAAUAAA